AUGAGCUCCCCAAGUUCUGAUCUCCUCCACCUAUGGCGGCUUCGGGCUGUAUCAGUAAUCAUCCUAUUUCGGGCCGUAUCAUUCGGGCUCAACACUGACGGCAUCCUCUUGCUCUCAUUCAAAUACAGCAUAUUAAAGGACCCAUACGGAGUCCUUCAAAGCUGGAACAGCUAUGACCAGACGCCGUGCUCUUGGCGUGGCGUUGCCUGUGGCGUCCCGGGCUCGGCCGAUGCAUAUUAUCGUGUCACGGGCCUCUCCCUCCCUGAUUCCGGUCUCUUGGGCCCGAUCCCGUCCACCCUUGGAAUGAUCGAGCACCUCAGGAGCCUGAACCUGUCAAACAAUUCAAUCAACGGGUCUUUACCGGCCUCCCUUUUCCGGGCACCCGAGCUUCAGUCGCUCGAUUUGUCCAACAAUUUGAUCUCCGGCGAGCUGUCGGAGCUCGUCGGGAGAAUGGGGAGCCUCCGGCUGCUCAAUCUGUCGGACAACGCUCUGUACGGUUCCCUGCCUCGGAACCUGUCGGGUCUCCACAAUUUGACGGCGGUUUCCUUGAAGAAUAAUUACUUCUCAGGCGUCAUUCCGGGCGGGUUCGAUUCGGUUCGAGUUAUGGAUCUGUCCUCGAAUUUGAUCAACGGGUCGCUGCCGCCUGAUUUCGGCGGCGGCAAUCUGUCGUACCUGAAUGUCUCCUUCAACAGGCUCUCCGGCGAGAUUCCGCUGGAGUUUGGUAGGAAAAUCCCGGGAAACGCGACGGUAGAUCUUUCGUUCAACAACCUCACCGGCCCGGUACCGGAGUCUGACGUUUUUAUCAACCAGGACGUGAAAUCGUACUCCGGCAACACCGAGCUGUGCGGCCGGCCGCUGAAGACACUCUGCCCCAUCCCAUCCUCCGCCGCGACGCUGCCGAGUGCCGCAGUGCAAGAGUCUCCUCCGGCCAUCGCCGCCAUACCAAAAACCAUAGGCUCCGAACCGGCCGCCGCCGGGAGCCGGAGCCAGUCGAGAGGAGCCGGGCUGAGGCCCGGCACAAUCCUCGGAAUCGUCGCAGGAGACAUCGCCGGCAUCGGGAUCCUGGUGGUGGUGUUCCUCUACGUGUACCAGCUGAAAAGGCGGAGAGCAUCCGCCGCCGCCAUGAAAAAGGAGGCGGAGAGAGCGCGGGAGUUCGACUGGGCGUCCUCUUCCGAGUCGUCCUCGGAGGAGCGCAGCUGGCUGCGGGGGUGGACCUGCCUGAGAAAUCACCGGCACGCCGCCGGGGAGGAAAGCUGCCGGUCGGAGUCGGGAAGCUCAGAGACGGAGGACGAGGGGAGCGCGCGUGAGGCGCACGCGCCGGGGCGGGAGCAGAAGGACGGGGCUCUGGUGACGGUGGACGGAGAGAAGGAGCUAGAGCUUGAGACGCUGCUGAAGGCGUCGGCUUACAUACUGGGCGCGUCGGGGACCAGCAUCGUUUACAAGGCGGUGCUCGAGGACGGCACCACGCUAGCGGUGAGGCGCGUGGGGGAGAAUGGGGUGGAGAGGUUCCGGGAUUUCCAGAAUCAGGUUCGGGUAAUCGCCAAGUUGGUACACCCGAAUCUGGUCCGGAUUCGAGGCUUUUACUGGGGCACCGACGAAAAGCUCAUCAUCUAUGAUUUUGUUCCCAAUGGCAGCCUUGCUAACGCACGUUACAAAAAAGCCGGCUCCUCACCCUGCCACGUGCCAUGGGAAGCCCGGCUCAAGAUAGCAAGGGGAGUAGCCCGUGGGCUCUGCUACAUUCACGAGAAGAAGCAAGUGCACGGCAACCUGAAGCCCAGCAACAUCCUGCUGGGCCCGGACAUGGAGCCCAAAAUCGGCGACUUCGGGCUCCAGCGCUUGGUCACCGGCGACUACAACACCUCGAGGCCCGGAACAGGUGGGUCGGCCCGCAACUUCGGCAGCAAGCGGUCGACAGCCUCGCGCGACAGUUUCCAGGACUACACGAGCGGGCCCACCCCAAGCCCGAGCCCGAGCGUGAUCGGGGUAUCACCCUACCACGCACCCGAGUCCCUCCGCAGCCUGAAGCCCAGCCCGAAGUGGGACGUGUUCUCCUUCGGUGUCGUCCUGCUCGAGCUCCUCACCGGGAAGGUCAUAGCCUCGGACGAGUCGGGCUCCGCCCUUGCUGUCGGGGCCAUGUCAGCGUCGUCUGACGAGGAGAGAGGGAGGGUCCUGAGGAUGGCUGACGUGGCGAUCAGGGGUGACGUGGAGGGUAAGGAGGAGGCGUUCCUGGGGCUGUUGAGGUUGGGUUACGGCUGCAUCUCGUCCGUCCCGCAGAAGAGGCCGGCCAUGAGGGAGGCGCUCCACGCGCUCGACAAGUUGCCGUCUUCUUCGUUUUCGCUGUAG